AAUUCCGGACUUGUAAACUCAAGGAUUCCUAAGCACUUCUUUGCUUAGUCUAUUUCCUCAUUUGCUCAGGGUGAAGCAACACGCAAGCACUAGGACCUUGCGGAAUCCAGACGGCUAUGGCAUCUCGGUUCACAGCCCGUGUUCGGAUGCUGCUUCUGCAGGCUGUAGGUUUUCUAAUCGGCCUAGUAGGCCGAGCAGCUCGAGCUCUAGGCAGUCCUAAGUUUGACUCAAGGACCACCCGUCCCGUGACUGAACCAUUGCUACUUCUCUCGGGGGUGCAGUUGGCCAAGCUGAUCAGACAGAGAAAGGUGAAAUGUAUAGAUGUCAUUCAGGCUUAUAUCAACAGAAUCAAGGAUGUAAACCCAAUGAUCAAUGGAAUUGUCAAGUACAGGUUUGAGGCAGCUGAGAAGGAGGCUCAUGCUGUAGAUCAAAAACUAGCAGGUAAACAGGAAGAUGAAGCCACUUUGGAAAAGAAAUGGCCGUUUCUUGGGGUUCCUUUGACAGUAAAGGAAGCUUUCCAGCUACAAGGAAUGCCCAAUUCCUCUGGCCUUGUGAACCGCCGUGAAACCAUUUCCAAAACAGAUGCCACUGUGGUGGCAUUACUGAGGGAAGCAGGUGCCAUUCCCCUUGGAAUGACCAAUUGCAGUGAGUUGUGCAUGUGGUAUGAGUCUAGUAACAACAUCUAUGGUCGCUCCAACAACCCUUACGAUUUGCGGCGUAUUGUAGGUGGAAGUUCUGGUGGUGAGGGCUGUACCCUGGCUGCUGCGUGCUCAGUGAUUGGUGUGGGCUCCGAUAUUGGUGGUAGCAUUCGCAUGCCAGCUUUCUUCAAUGGAGUUUUUGGACACAAACCUUCCCCAGGUGUGGUUCCCAAUAAGGGUCAAUUUCCUGUGGCUGGGGGAGCACAGGAGAAGUUUCAGUGCACAGGUCCAAUGUGCCGCUAUGCUGAAGACCUGACCCCCAUGCUCAGAGUCAUGGCAGGACCUGGAAUAAAAAAGUUAAAACUAGAUGCAAAGGUACAUUUAAAAGACUUGAAAUUUUACUGGAUGGAGCAUGAUGGAGGCUCAUUUUUAAUAUCCAAGGUGGAUCAAGACAUCAUUGAAGCACUGAAAAAGGUUGUGGCUCACCUUGAAGAUGUUCUAGGAGCCUCAGUUCAACAUGUCAAAUUGAAACAAAUGAAGUAUUCUUAUCAAUUGUGGAUCACAAUGAUGUCAGCAAAGGGACGUAAUGGGGAGGAACCUAUAAAAUUUGUGGAUCUGCUUGGUGAUCAUGGAAAGCCUAUCAACCCUCUGUGGGAACUGAUCAAAUGGUGCAUGGGUCUGUCAGUUUACACUAUCCCUUCCAUUGGGUUGGCUUUGUUGGAGGAAAAACUCAAAUAUGACAAUGAGAAAUACAUAAAAUUUAAAGCAUUAGAAGAAAGUCUGCAUAAAGAGCUGGUGGAAAUGCUCGGUGAUGAUGGUGUGUUUUUAUAUCCCUCACAUCCUACAGUGGCUCCAAAGCACCAUGUUCCUCUGACAAGACCUUUCAAUUUUGCCUAUACAGGUGUCUUCAACGCCUUGGGCUUGCCUGUGACUCAGUGCCCAUUGGGUCUGAAUGCCAAAGGCCUUCCUCUAGGCAUCCAGAUUGUAGCCGGACCAUUUAAUGAUCACUUGACCCUGGCUGUGGCCCAGUACUUUGAGAAAUGUUUUGGGGGGUGGGUCUGCCCUGGAAAGUUUUAGAAGGACAUUCCUUAAAAACAAGUUGUGUGUAUGUGCGCUUGUGUGAAAUUACAUUCUAGCAGGCUGUAGAUAAAAAGCAAGUGGGGAAUUCAUCCACAGUUUCCAGUUAUACUUUUGAAUUUUUAUUUUCUGCACUAAUUAUGGUCCUAACUAAAAUGUGACUAUUUGAUUCCUGUCUUUACUUCACUGGAGAGUGCAGAAUUGUAAAUAGACAAAUGCAGUAUAGUUUCUUAUAUGCUGUAAUGAUAUCUAUUUUGUAUACAGGAAGGAGAUCAGAGGAGGGAAGACUUAUUGUUUUGAGAGAUGUUAAGAUACUUGUUAGAGUAGAUUAGUGCUUAAACUGUGACAAUCAUGCUUUCCAGGACGAUCAUGGUAUAAAGGAACUUCAGUUAGAAGAAGUAAAGU